CCAAAUGCUUAUAGGAAAUACUCCAAAGUGACUGUGAAUUUUGUUGUUAUACUUGCUUUGGAAGAAGGGUGAAGGAGAGAUGGCUGCCGGGAACCCUCAUUCAGAAUCAUGGCAUUUUACCCUCCACAGCACCCUGUCUCACCCCUGCUUUUACCGAGGAUGAAAUUUAAGAAUUAAGUGAUUUCCCCAAGAUUGUGCAGCCAGUUAAUGGUAAAGAGAAAUUCAACAAAUAAUGCAGAAGGGCCUCAAGAAGACAAACCCAUGGGCCUGGAGUCAGAGGACUCCCAACAUGAAUUGAGAAAGAUGAAAGGGUAACUUAGAGCAAGUCAGGGUCAAAGGCUAUCAGAGAAAUGUAGAUUUUUAGGGCAGAAAGAGAUCUGAGAUCAUCCCAGUCUAGUUCAGCUCCCCUGUUCACUUCUUGAUGACACUGAAAGGGAGCAGAGUGAUUCUCCCAAGGCCGCAGGGUCGCUCAGCUUACCUCACCCACUAUCUCCCCACACAGUAAACUAAUAUCCCUUCCCAUCAGAUAAAUUCACAUGCCCAUAAAGCCAAAACAGACAUUUCCAUGUCCUGGAGUUUACAGAGCCCUCUAAGCAGCAGGCCUUUGUUUCCUGCUUUGUAGACGCUGACCCUUCGCUAAGCCAGUUGGUCUGCUGGGUGAACAGGCAAAGGAAAGGAGAGGCCAGGGAAGGAUUUAUUCUGCAAGCAGGGACUUCCUCACUUGGUGACUGGGUUUUACAAGGAUAGAGUGGCACAUUGCAUCAGGAGCGCCCCAAGAUGCAUACUUUGUUUAAGUGAAGUUUUAUUGAGCACAUAUCAUGUGCCAAGCACACUGCCAGGCACGGGCUCUGGAAAGAGCAGCUGACUGGCCCGUAGGUGGCCCUGCGUGCCAAAUUCAGAUGUUAUCAACCAGUAUGUUUUGGAAACCAGGUUAUUCUAUUAUCAUUCUAUAUGGUGGUCUUUAGAGCUAUGUAGAUACUAGGGCAUAAGAUGCUUUAGGAGGAUGAAGGCGUAAACUUUGGAGUAGGAGUGGGUGCUAGGAUAUCAUCUUUCCUUUAUGAUGUUCCCAGCAAUAAUAACCAAAAAAAAGCUGUCCUCCAAAAUCCUAAGAAUGCAGGUGAAAGUUAUAUUUGGAUCUAGCUCCUGGAGAGUAGCACAGAUGUAAAGCAAAGUUAAAAAAAUAAAAAAGAAUUGAACACCCCGGAGGAGCUCAGAAAGUAAACAAAAGUAGAGCAAUCAAAAGUCCACCAUCUUCCAACCAGCUGAGAUCAGAUCUAACCAACAUCCAAGUCCUUUACACCCACGUUUGCAAGAACCAGCUGACAUCUGCACUUUCCUUCUAGCUCCCAGGUCUCCUUGGGCCACCAGGUUUGGCCUGAGGAAUCAGGUGAUUGAGAAGUCAGGUGUCAGCUGCCAAAGCCAGGUGGAUGCGAGCUUUAAGGAUUCCCACGUCCAGCCUCUUCAUUUGACUGAUUAAGAAUGACCCAAAAGAAAUCACAGCUUUGUUCCAGAGCCAAUGUUUAUACUCAAGUGCCUGAUGGAGGAUGGGGCUGGGUGGUCGCUGUUUCUUUCUUCUUCGUUGAAGUCUUCACCUAUGGCAUCAUCAAGUCGUUCGGUGUCUUCUUUAAUGACUUAAUGGACAGUUUCGAUGAAUCUAACAGCAGGAUCUCGUGGAUAAUAUCAAUUUGUGUGUUUGUCUUAACAUUUACAGCUCCCCUCUCCACUGUCCUGAGCUCCCGUUUUGGACACCGUCUGGUGGUGAUGGCGGGAGGGUUGCUGGUCAGCACAGGGAUGGUGAUAGCAGCCUUCUCGCAGGCGGUUUACCAGAUGUACAUCACCAUCGGCAUCAUCUCUGGUCUGGGAUAUUGCUUCAGUUUUCUCCCCACUGUCACCAUCCUGUCACAGUACUUUGACAAAAGACGCUCCGUGGUCACGGCCGUUGCUUCUACGGGAGAAUGUUUCGCUAUGUUUGCUUUUGCACCAGCCAUCAUGGCGCUGAAGGAGAGCAUCGGCUGGAGGUACAGUCUCUUGUUCGUGGGCCUCCUGCAGCUAAACAUUGUAGUCUGUGGAGCGCUGCUGAGACCCAUCGUGAUCAGAGGGCCGGGGACGCCGAAAGCCACCAGCCACGACAGCCGGAGAGAAGCGCAGUAUAUGCUCGAGAACGAGAAAACACGCACCUCCAUAGAUUCCAUUGACUCAGGAGUAGAACUAACUACCUCACCUAAAAACGUGCCUAGUAACACAAACAUGGACCCAGAGUCCAAGGCCGACCUCCAGCAGAUCCUGGGCAAACCCGGCUCCAAGCAGAGCGACCCCAAGGCCCCGCUGCUGGACUUCUCCAUCUUGAAGGAGAAGAGUUUUAUCUGUUACGCGUUCUUCGGUCUCUUUGUGACCCUGGGAUUCUUUGCACCUUCUCUGUACAUCAUCCCCUUGGGCAUCAGUCUGGGCAUUGACCAGGACCGCUCUGCUUUUUUAUUAUCCACCAUGGCGAUCGCGGAAGUGUUUGGAAGGAUUGGCGCGGGUCUGGUCCUGAACAGAGAGCCCAUCCGUAAGAUCUACAUCGAGCUCAUCUGCGUCGUCUUACUGACUGUGUCUCUGUUUGCCUUUACUUUUGCGACUGAGUUCUGGGGUCUGAUGUCCUGUAGCAUAUUCUUCGGGAUUAUGGUCGGGACGGUCGCAGGGACCCACAUUCCACUGCUCGCCGAGGAUGACGUGGUAGGGAUCGAGAAGAUGUCCUCGGCGGCUGGAGUCUACGUCUUCUUCCAGAGUAUAGCGGGACUGGCUGGACCACCCCUUGCAGGUCUGCUGGUGGACCAGAGCGAGAUCUACAGCAGAGCCUUCUACUCCUGCGCCGCCGGCAUGCUCGUGGCCGCCGUGUGCCUGGCGCUCGUGAGGCCGUGCAAGAAGGGGCUGUGCCGGCGGCCUCGUGCCCGGGAAAGGAGGGCCGAGAGCCGUCGGGGGAAAGCUUUACCCGACAUCCCCGAGGACUUCCUGGAAAUGGACCUUGGGAAGAAUGAGAAUAAAGCUCCUGUGAGAAUGGAGCCCGUAUGACGCCCUUCCAGGGCACGUGGGCCGCCCUGCUGGCUGGGGAGGGCGGGGGGCCAGGGGACCGAGGGCGGUGGAGGAGCUGACCACUCUACCCGCUUGCAACUACACUUUAAAGGGAAUGUAUCUGUGAACACCACGACCAACAUCCUUUUCUUCUUUAAAUUUUCCUUUUUUGCUUGUUUUUUCAGCUAAAACAAAGACAACCAAACACCCUUUCCGUACGUACAUACACCUGGCUGUGAAUCAGUAGCAAUACACAGCUAGAGGAGGACUCUGGUUCACAUUCUGGUUUUAAAAUAGUGACAUGAAUUGGCAAAGUAGUUUUAAGGGCUCUCACAUGUGAUAAACUAUCAUCUUAUUAGAAAAUGACACCUGGCCCAGGCCAUUGAAGUGAAAUCAGCCAUUCCAAAAAAGAAAAAAAAAAUCUUGCAUCAUCAUUUUAAAAAUUUCUCAUUUUCAGAAAUACGAACAAAUUGUUUAAAACCCUUUGAAAAAUACUGAGGUUUCCAUUCACAGAUUCGGGCCUCUUGAUUUUCCAAAUAUUCCAUGGAAGUGAAGUAUAGUUUAAGACCAAACAUUUGGCUAACAAAUGGAAAUUUUUAAAAUAUAUGUAACUUCAACUUCAUAAAUGUGAAGAUUACCACUUCUUUUUACGGCCAGUCAUUACCAGAAGUAUUUCAAUACAGAAUACACAACAUGACAUUCAAAAAUGUGCUUCCUGUUGCUUUUAAUUAUUCAGAAAUAUAUGAUUGUAGUGUCUUUAAUUUAAACCACUAUUUAUUAUUAAGUUAUUCUAGGAUGAUUAAAGUAAUCAAAAGAAAGAAAAUUUAAGACAUAAGCAGAAUUUUUACCUCCUUUCUGCAAUCCUUUAAAUGCCUCAAAGAAUAUGUCUUAACUUGUAAAGUUACUCUCAUAAAAGGCCAAGUUGUAAUGAUUCUUCAAUUUGAUACAAGGCAACGUGUGUGAUUUAAAGGGGCGGGAGGGGAGAGGGAGACAAGAGCAAAUCGCCUUAGCUUUUUAAAAUGAUUUGUUUUAUUGCCUAAGAAUACUUGAGGAUCUUCUUUGAUCAGAGUUCUAUUUCAUGGAAUUGUUAAAGCAUUUCUGAUUUUUUUAAAAAAAAAAUACGUCUAACUGUUGAAGCAUUUCUGUAUUUCACAUGGGGUGGCAGAGACAUUUGUUUUACCAUCACGAGUUAUAGGUUGCAAUUUACGUCAUAUAUAAACCUUGAUUUCUCUGUGCUGCCAGAGUUAUCAGGUUAACUGGUCAUUGUCUUUCUGGAGUUACACUACAUGUAUAGUAUUUCUAUGUGCAUAUUUUUCUGUAAAAGGGCAAGUGUGAGGAUAACAGGUGGACUCCUAUGUCCUGAAUCUCACUCUGCAGGUGAUGGUCAGUACCGCUGCUCCAUUUUAUUCAUCAUUUACUGUUAAUUUAUGACAACUCAGGGGGAAAAAAAAUAUAACAAGCCUAGUUGGUUACAGGUACACACAAGCUUGAAUAUUUCUCUGCACUGAAAUGAAAGUGGCAUAUAGUUCAUCACCACCUGCUACAUUUUGUACAGCAUUUGAUCAGCCAUAGAAAUAGGACAAUCUGUAAAACUUUGGGGGGGGGGGGCAGGGGAGGAAAUGACAAAGUGUCCGUCUAAAACAGACACACCAGAAACAAGGUGGAUGUAGCAAAUCUCUGUCACUGCCAGAGAAGGACUUGGAGCUUGUGGCAGUUUUGCAGACUUCCAUGACUUCAGCACUUUACCACAUUUUUUACUAUGAAUGUUCAAUACAACUUAAUAUUUAUAACUGGUUUCUGAGCGAUCUGCUCGAUGUCCAUUCUGUUAAGUGCAUGAAAAAAAAAACUGUAUGCCAAUUUCAGUAUGUCAGUAAUCAAGGUUUUACAUGUUUGGAAGAAAAUGAAAGCAGGAUUGCUGAUUUGUUCUGUAUUAGUGACAUUCUGGUACUUCUAGAUUUGCAAUAAAUAUAUGGCUUUUUUUAUUUAAAAA